AUGCCGCCGGCUGUAGUGGAUCCGCCAUUAUCGGAAACGUCGUCGGUGCUGUCUUUUACCUCCGACACUGUUUUUCCGGUCACGGCGCCGGAGAAUCGGCGAUUCGGGGAUCUUAGAGGUCUGCAGUGGCGAAUAAAUCUUGGGGUGUUGCCAUCUUCUUCCAUUGAUGAUCUUCGUCGUGCCACAGCUAAUUCUAGAAGGAGGUAUGCCAGUUUGAGAGGGCGCCUUCUGGUUGAUCCACAUAUUGUAAAGGAUGGAAAUAGUUCCCCCAAUGUUGUCAUGGAUAACCCACUUUCACAAAAUCCAGACAGUACAUGGAGUCGCUUUUUUCGCAAUGCAGAGAUGGAGAAGAUGGUGGAUCAGGAUUUAUCACGUUUAUACCCAGAACAUGGCAACUAUUUCCAGACCCCCGGAUGCCAAGGAAUACUGAGACGAAUUUUAUUACUAUGGUGUCUCAGACACCCAGAGUGUGGUUACAGACAAGGAAUGCAUGAAUUACUUGCUCCAAUCCUUUAUGUACUCCAAUGUGAUGUGGAGUGUCUUUCAGAAGUUCGAAAGCUUUAUGAAGAUCACUUCACAGACAGAUUUGAUGACCUCCUUUGUCAAGAGAAUGAUCUUUCUUAUAACUUUGAUUUUAGAAAAUCUUCAGAUUUGAUGGAGGAUGGAAUUGACUCCAAUGGAAAUGUAAUGAAAAUCAAGAGUCUUGAUGAGCUUGACCCUAAGAUACAGAACAUUGUAUUGCUAAGUGAUGCAUACGGGGCAGAAGGUGAACUGGGCAUUGUUUUAUCUGAGAAAUUCAUCGAACAUGAUGCUUAUUGUAUGUUUGAUGCUUUGAUGAAUGGGGCUCGUGGUUCAAUUGCAAUGACCGAUUUCUUCUCUUAUUCUCCUUUGCCUGGGUCACAUACUGGCUUGCCUCCUGUAAUUGAAGCUUCUGCUGCAUUGUAUCGUUUGUUGUCUCAUGCUGAUUCAUCUCUGCAUGACCAUCUUGUCGAUCUUGGGGUUGAACCCCAGUACUUUGCUCUCCGCUGGUUGCGAGUUUUAUUUGGACGAGAAUUUUCACUCAGCAACCUUUUAAUAAUCUGGGAUGAAAUCUUUUCAUCAGAUAAUAGCGAAGUAGAAAAACACGCUGAGGGCAAUGCAGACUCUGGUUUUAGGAUCUUCAAUUCGUCCCGUGGGGCAUUUAUCUCAGCUAUGGCUGUAGCAAUGAUGCUUCAUAUAAGAUCUUCGCUUCUUGCCGCUGAAAAUCCUACAACCUGUCUUCAGAGAUUAUUAAACUUUCCUGAGAACACUGAUAUUGAAAAGCUAAUAGAGAAGGCUAAAUCCUUGCAGGCUCUUGCAUUAAGUACUAAGAUUUCAUCCUCGACACCUUCAUUUGUGGAGCAUCAUAACCAGCCACCGAAACCAGUUAUGGCAAGAUCUCUAACUCUUCCAUCUGAACCAUUUUCUCCGAAAACUCCUCUGAAUUUGGUACCUGAGAGCUACUGGGAAGAAAAGUGGAGAGUUGUACACAAGGCUGAAGAACUCAAACAAGAUGCAGGAGAAAAACAGGUUCCAAUGCGAAAGAAGGGAUGGACAGAGAAGGUAAAGUUCAGUUUGAAAAGAAGAGAUUCUGACCCCUCUUCACCAAGGUCUAAGAGUGGUAAAAACGAAUCCAAGUCACCAUUUGGGCGCAGUUUGCUAGAAGAUCUUGCUAAGGAACUUGGCUUUGAGAAAGAUACUGAAAAACUCUGCAAUCAUGAUAAUCUGCCUGCAAAAGUUGAAGAGGAGCAGCGGGAAGACAGUUCCGAAUGCAGCAACAAUUAUUAUCCUGAAGAUAGAUGUCUAAGCCAAAACACUAGUGUUGAAAACUCACCAGAUAUUUCUUGCCCAGCUAGCCCUCCUAACGAGGCCAAUGAUCACAAAUAUGAGUGUGAGAAGAGUAGUGUUGGGUCUAAUUUAUCCCUUGAUGGAAUUAAUGAAGCUUCCGUUAGUAGUCCCGUUGAUUCACCUCUUCCAAUCUCUGAUCAUCCUCAGAACGUAUCAAAUACAACAGGGAGCAAUAAUAUUAAUAAUUCCGCUAGAAAUUCAGCCACGCAUUCCAAGGAGAGAAAAGUGACCAAAUUUCAGUGGUUAUGGAAGUUUGGGCGGAGUAAUGGCGAGUUUAUUUCUGAGAAAGGAAGUGAUGCUUCUGAGGCAGUAAAACCUGCCAACAACGGCGAUAAUAAAAGCAAUACAAUACCCUCUUCUACAGCCAAUGGACAUUGUAGUUCUCUUAGCUGCAAAGGGGAAUCUACAGAGCAGAAUGUGACCGGCACUAUGAGGAAUAUUGGGCAGUCAAUGCUUGAACAUAUCCAGGUAAUAGAGAGUGCUUUCCAACAGCUGGGCGAGGGAGCAUCAUUGGAUAGCAUGUCUAAAAAUGAUGUGGUUGGCGAAGGGCAGGUUACUGUCAUGUCAGCUUUGAAGGAACUACGUAAAAUUAGCAAUCUUUUGUCUGAGAUGUGA